UUAAGGAAGAGUCGCUUCGUACGGCUCGAUUCGCUGCGGCUCUCGCGGGCUCGGCGCGGCUGUGAGUGUCGUGUGUUCGCCGGUGUCGGCGUGAGAGAGAGUCGCUUCUAUCCCGCAGAGAACGGUAGCGAAGCAGACACUGCUGUGGCGGGAAAGCGGCUCCGCUCAUGCCGCCGUCGGUUCCGGUGACGCGCCGCGGGGUGAACGCGCGUCCGGCUGCUGAUCCUUGACAACAUGUCGGCGGAGUUGAGUAACCUGACGUCGCUCGUGAACAACGGCAGCGACUUUUCCAACCUCACGGCCAGAUGCUCGCUAACCAAGACCGGCUUUCAGUUCUACUAUCUGCCCACCGUCUACAUCCUGGUCUUCCUCACGGGCUUCGUGGGGAACAGCUUGGCGAUCUGGAUGUUCGUGUGUCACAUGAGGCCCUGGAGCAGCAUCUCCGUCUACAUGUUUAACCUGGCGCUCGCCGAUUUCUGCUACGUGCUCUCGCUUCCGUUCCUCAUCUACUACUACUUCAACAAGACGGACUGGAUCUUCGGAGACGUCCCGUGCCGGCUCCAGAGGUUCAUCUUCCACGUCAAUCUCUACGGGAGCAUCCUCUUCCUCACCUGCAUCAGCGUGCACAGAUACUCCGGCGUCGUGCAUCCGCUCAAAUCGCUGGGCAGGCUGAAGAAGAAAAACGCGGUGCGCACCGUGGCGCUGGUUUGGCUCGUGGUGGUGGUCGGCAUCUCUCCCAUCCUGUACUACUCGCGCACCGGCCCUAAGAAGGGCUUAACGACGUGCUACGACACCACGACCGAAGACGAGCUGCCGGGGUACUUCAUCUACAGCAUGUGCAUGACGGUGUUCGGCUUCUGCAUCCCGUUCAUCAUCAUCCUCAGCUGCUACGGAGGCAUCGUCAAAGCGCUCAUCUCCAACAACAUGGACAACGCGCCGCUGAGGAAGAAGUCCAUAUACCUGGUCAUCAUCGUGCUCACGGUCUUCGCCAUCUCCUACCUGCCCUUCCACGUCAUGAAGAACCUCAACAUGCGAGCCAGACUGUACUUCCAGGGCCUGGACAUGUGCGCCUUCAACAACCGCGUGUACGCCACCUACCAGGUGACCCGGGGGCUGGCCAGCCUCAACAGCUGCGUGGAUCCCAUCCUGUACUUUCUGGCCGGAGACACGUUCAGACGCAGGCUGUCCAGAGCCACCAAGAAGUCCUCCAGGAAAGGAGAUCAGCCGCUGCAGUCCAGGAGCGAGGAGACGGCUCUGAACAGCCUUCCAGAGUGCGUCCAGAACGGGGAGAGCCAAGCCUGAGCUGCUCUCCAGAGAAACCUCUUCUGCUCUUCACUGAGCCUGCAGUCGUUUGAUCCAGAGACGUGUGAAAUCUCACAGUUGCUGCGUAUAAAAUCAGAAGCGUGUGAUAUAACCCAGGGGGACUGUGAGAGCCGUUUCCCCGGACGCGUCCCGGCCGGGAUUUCUAUAUUGCCUACCAUAUCUAGGUUCUGUUCUUGUUUGGGUGCAGACCGAUCUGUGGCAUCUGUGUUUUUAAAAUGCUCUCGAGACACAAAGCAGUGCAGAAAUCCCGGCAGGGACCUGACCGGGGAAAGGACUCACGGUCAUCCUGCAUGAACUCGAGGUUUUGAGAAAUAAACUCACCAUUGAGAGUCUUCUGAGAUUCUGAGAACAUACACCUUUCCCCUCAGAACCUUAUAACACGCGGUUCUGAGAACUGUGAGAGAAAAAGUAACCUUUUUAUUAUUAUUCAGCGUCGGAAAUAGGCUAUUUCUAUUUGAAUAUGUUUUAAAACGUGAUUUAUUCCUGUGAUUUCAAAGAGGAAUUUUUACCAUCGUUACUCCAGUCGCAUGAUCCU